GGAAGCGGAAGAUCCACUACCUGUUCAAGGAUGGGAAGGAGAUGGCCGAAGAGUACGAGGUGAAGACCGGUCAGUUAGUGAGUAGAAAAUGGCGAGAGAAGAACACCCUUGGGGGCUCCGGCAAGUGGCAGGUUGAAGUGGGAGAGCCAACCUCGCCGCUCCUGGGAGUGCUGGAAUCCGAGCUCAUAAAGGAAAGCAGCUCCAAUGUACCCUGUCUUCAUGAGGAAGGAUACCCUGACCAGCUUCCAGUGGCGGAUCCGUAACCUGCCCUACCCCAAGGAGGUCUACAGCGUCUCCGUGGAGAAGGAGCAGCGCUGCUGUGUCAUCCGGACCACCAACAAGAAGUACUACAAAAAAUUCUCUAUUCCUGACCUGGAUCGAUACCAGCUCCCCUUGGAUGCAGCUGCCCUGAGCUUCACCCACGCCAACAACACCCUGAUCAUCACGUACCAGAAGCCGAAGGAGAUCUUGGCUGCAGAAGAGCAGCUGCAGAAGGAGCUGAAGAAGAUCAAGGCAGCCAACAAUGGGGAUGGUGACUGUAAGACCCAGUAGGCAGUGGCUGAUUAGAGGCUGAGGAAGGGAGCAGCUCUCUGGCACAGCUUCAUGGUAUUUAUUUUGCCUUUCCUAAUAAAAAUUAGUCCUGUUG